UUUAUUUUCACUUGUUUCUUUUUUUUUUUAAACUAUGAAUUAUUUUUUUUUCAGUAUUUUUAGGACGAUUAUUUACACUCUUCUUGUUCUUGGAAUCAUUGUCAAUUUCAUUGCUCCUUUUUUCUAUUUUUAUAUUGGCAUAUAUAAUGUUCUUUUUUGUAUCUUUUCUGGCAUUAUUUUGCUUCUCACACUCCUUAAUUUAGCUGCUGAUAAAUUAUCCGAAUCUCUAGGUUGUGCAUACUUUGUAAUCAUUAUUUGGUCGAAUAUAUUUGGUUUGAUCCAACACUAUGAACCAAGUUUUGAAGAUAUGAAAAAAGAAAAUAUAGAAAUUUGUAAAAAAAUGCUCGGUAGAAAUGCAUCGGAAAUUGAUAUAAUGCUUUGUGCUUACAAGUUGAUUGAACUUAAAGCAGAAGCAGAACUUAUAUUAAUUAUUAUUUUUGUUAUUGAGUUACUUUUAUAUUACGUAAUUUAUCGAUUUUAUUAUAUAUGCAAAUUAGAAGCUCUCUUAAGUCUCAUUCGUAAUGAUUGUGAAACACCUCCAUCUUACGGUACAAUUAAUGCGAACGUACCGAAUCCGGAUACUCGUGACGACUCGGCACAUGACCGGAUAAAUUGAAGUUCAUGGUCAUUUAGACAUGAUACGGAUUAGAUUAAUUAAAUAUUUAUUAUAUUAAAACUAGUAAAUCAAAUAAAGCGAGGGCAUAACAAAUUUAAAUUCUAUGGUAUAUUAUAACCAA